CUAAUGAACACAGAAAAAUAGCACUGCUUUUCAGACAAGGGAUUAGAAGGCAGAAUAGCCAUGAUUUCAAAGCUUGUGCUAUUGUUUUUCUUCCUCGCAAGCAUAAUAACAGCCGAAGAUGAUCUCAGUUUCAUUUACAACGGGUUCAGAUCGGCUAACCUUAGCUUGGACGGCAUUGCCGAAUUCACUCCUAAUGGUCUAUUAAGUAUUACAGAUGGAACAGAGCAACAACAGGGACAUGCCUUUUACCCCAAUCCAGUAACCUUCAAGAAAGACUCGCUGAAUGGCACUGCUCCGUUCUCCUUUUAUACCACUUUUAUUUUCGCUAUCCGGUCCCAUUUCUUGUCUCCUAUGGGCCAUGGUUUCGCUUUUGUAAUUGCCCCUACAAGAGGUUUGCCUGGAGCACUUGACAGCCAGUAUCUUGGUCUUUUCAAUGAAACCAGCGAUGGCAAUGAAACCAAUCAUGUCAUCGCUGUGGAGUUCGAUACGAUCAUGAACAGCGAGUUUGAUGACAUCAAUGAAAAUCAUGUCGGGAUUGAUAUCAAUGGGUUGAGAUCUGUUAAAUAUUGUACAGCAGGGUAUUAUACAGAUCCAAAUGGUGAAUUUAAAAAACGUUUAAAGCUCACAAGUGGCCAUCCAAUGCAAGUUUGGGUGGAAUAUGACAGCGAAAAGAAGCAAAUGGAUGUCACUUUGGCUCCAAUCCAUGUCGGUAAACCUCCAAAUCCACUUUUAUCUUUGAAUCGAGAUCUUUCACCGAUUUUUAAAAACACCAUGUAUGUUGGCUUUUCCUCCGCCACUGGCUUAAACCAAUCGGCAACUCAUUAUGUUCUUGGCUGGAGCUUCAAGAUCAAUGGCAAGGCUCAAGAACUUGUGGUUUCUAACCUUCCCAAGCUACCUGCAAUUACUUGGAAAGGAAGAUAUAUAUUGUUGGCAGCUGGGUUGCUAUUGUUUUCUGUUUAUAUAAUUUCUGUAGCAAUUUCAGGUGUUCUAGUUAUAAUAAGGAAGAUAAAAUUUGCAGAACUAAUUGAAGACUGGGAGGUUGACUAUAGACCUCAGAGGUAUAAAUACAAAGAUCUAUAUAUUGCCACAUCUGGAUUUAGGGUCCAAAAUCUGCUAGGUAGUGGGGGUUUUGGAAGGGUUUAUAGAGGUAUACUACCAAACUCUAACACUGAAAUUGCAGUAAAAAGAGUCUCUCAUGGAUCAAGGCAAGGGAUGAAGGAAUUUGUGGCUGAAAUAUUCACUAUGAGGAGGCUUCGCCACCGGAAUUUGGUAGCACUCUUGGGCUAUUGCCGGCGGAAAGGAGAGCUUCUAUUGGUCUAUGACUACAUGCCUAAUGGAAGCCUAGACAAAUACAUCUAUGACCAACCCAAAAUCACCCUUAAUUGGACUAAGAGAUUCCAAGUCAUCAAAGGAGUCGCAUCGGCAAUGUUCUAUCUCCACGAAGAAUGGGAACAGGUUGUGAUUCAUAGAGACGUCAAGGCAAGCAAUGUAAUGCUUGAUGCUGAAUUCAAUGGACGUUUAGGAGAUUUCGGCCUGGCCAGACUUUAUGACCAUGGAACAGAACCACAAACCACACAUAUUGCAGGAACAUUUGGGUACCUUGCGCCAGAGCAUACGAGAACAGGCAAGGCCACGACAGCAUCUGAUGUGUUUGCUUUUGGUGCUUUUUUGCUUGAGGUUUCUUGUGGAAGAAGACCCAUAGAUUCUAGAAAACAGACAGAGGAUAUAAUUUUGGUGGAUAGAGUGUUCUCUUGUUGGAAUAGAGGUGAUAUUCUUGAGGCAAUGGAUCCAAAUUUGUUGGGUACAGAGUUUGUAGCGGAGGAAGUGGAGUUGGUGAUGAAGCUUGGUUUGUUGUGUUCUCGAUCAGACCCUGCUGCUAGGCCGAGCAUGCGACAAGUUGUGAAAUACUUGGAAAGGGAUCUAGAAGUGGCCAAUUCAGAAUUUCUCGGCCUUCGUUCCAGUGGACUAGCAUUUGCUCGCCAUGAAGGUUUCGAUGAUGUUGUUGACGAUACAUUCCACCAUACAUCUUCUGUUGCGGAGUCGCUUCUCUCAGGUGGCCGCUGAUUUUAUAUAUAUAUAUAUACAGAUAGGCUCAUAAGCUAUGUUUAGAUUAAACCACUGUACAUGCAGUGAACUUAUGCGAUACUCAUUGAUAAUUACAGAAAUAAUACUAUAUAAGUAGGUAAUAUGCUAAGAAAAUUGUAUUAGGUAAUAUGCUAAGGAAAUUGUAAUAACUUUGGAUUUGGUUGUUGUCAAAACAUAAUAUUUUGAGUUCAAACCAAUCCAAUAGUAUCUUCUUUUUAGUUGUUAAAUAGUAUUACCGGCCAUUAGUUUCAUUUUCUUUGGCUUAUAAAA